UCCAGUUUCAUUUCAACAGCCAAUUCAGUCGCAAACGUCUCAUCAUCAGCAUCGCGUCGGUUAUUUCAUUUUGGUUCUUUCUCCUUUCGCGUGAACACGGGCUCAAUUGUAUGUGUUUUGAGACGCAAAGAAGAAGGCACGAAGAAAACCAGAGAAAAAGACGUUGAAGAGCGGGUUUUAUAAAUAAAAUCCAACUCUCAAGGCACCAACACAAAUUGAUCCCAAGAAGUAACAAGAAGUGCAAAAAUACGUGAUUUGAAAAUCCAUUGAGAAAAACUAUUUUUUUUUGUGCGAAAAAAAUCCCAAAAACGAUUGAGAACAACUUUGGUAAAUCAGAUCAAUUGCUUAUUGACCAAAAAAAAAAGUUUGGGUGCAGCAACAAAAAAGAAAAACUGCCUGAAAGUGGUGGAAAAACAAGCAGGAAGAGAUUCAGUGACGUGCAGCACAGUAUUAAAAAAAAAAACCUCCCGGAAAUUGUUCAGAAAAACUCCUUGGAGGCACUUAGAAACAUAAGAUCGACCAAUUUCCCUCAUGGUGUAUUGAGAGUGACGAUAUUUAGCAAUAAUUUAAUUGAAUUUGUGACCCAAGAGACCGCAAAAAGAGCACGUUGGUUGUUGGAACCUCCAAGUGUGAAAAAAGGAGACAAACAAAAAGAGGUCGUUAACUCUCCUUCUUCUUCAUCAUUGUUUGCGUCCCAGAACAUCUUACGCCUAUCCAACAAUGGAGAAAGGUCUUCAUGAUCGUGACAUUGUUGGUCUUCAGGAUUUUGUCUUGCUAGAAGACUACCAAAGUGAAGAUGCCUUCUUGGAUAACCUGAAGAAGCGCUUUCAGGAAAAUCUUAUUUAUACAUACAUAGGACAGGUAUUAAUUUCCGUCAAUCCCUACAAAGAGUUGCCAAUAUAUUCAGAGGAGGAAAUUGGAGUGUACAGGAAGAAGCAUUUCUUUGAGGCACCACCUCAUAUAUUUGCAAUCAGUGACAGUGCAUACCGAUCACUCACGGGAGAAAAUCGAGCCCAGUGUAUAUUAAUUUCAGGCGAAAGUGGAUCAGGCAAGACAGAAGCAUCAAAGAAAGUCCUGCAAUUCAUAGCUGCUGCUUCAGGGCAUGUAUCAACAGUUGAUAAUGUCCGAGAUAAAUUGCUACAGAGCAAUCCUGUUCUUGAGGCCUUUGGAAAUGCCAAGACUAACCGAAACGAUAAUUCCAGUCGUUUUGGGAAGUACAUGGAUGUCCAAUUUAAUUUUCUUGGUGCUCCAGAGGGUGGUAACAUCCUCAAUUACCUCUUGGAGAAAUCCCGUGUGAUCAAUCAGAGUUCUGGUGAGAGAAACUUCCAUAUUUUCUACCAACUUCUCGCAGGAGCCAAUGAGGAUCUUCUGAGGGAACUUGAGCUCAAAAGAGACCUCGAUACCUACUACUACCUAACGGAUGGGGCAAAGGGAAUUGUGGACAGAAUCCGAGAUGGUGAUAAUUUCCACCAAAUUCGUCGAGCAAUGUCUGUGAUGGAGAUCUCUGAGGUGGAACAGAGAGAGAUCCUGAACAUUGUAGCAAGUGUAUUGCAUAUGGGAAAUGUAGGAUUCACCGAAGAGGAAGGAAAAGCCACAAUUCUAAAGCCCAAAUCUGUAGCAGCUAUUUCGAAGCUUUUGGGCUGUCCGGAAGACAAAUUGAGUCAUGCACUUACUCACAGGACAAUUGACGCUCAGGGUGAUGUAGUUACGAGUCCUUUAAGUCGAGAAAUGGCUAUUUAUGCUCGAGAUGCCUUGGCAAAAGCUGUAUAUGAUCGUCUAUUUACCUGGUUGGUUAGCCGUAUCAAUGAAUCCCUCAAGAGUGAUCAGAGCAGCCGAAAGAACAAUGUUAUGGGAAUUUUGGACAUUUAUGGCUUUGAGAUCUUCAAGAGAAACAGCUUUGAACAAUUCUGCAUAAAUUUCUGCAAUGAGAAACUGCAACAAUUGUUCAUUGAGCUGACACUCAAAUCCGAACAGGAAGAGUAUUUCAAGGAGGGCAUUGAGUGGGAACCAGUGGAAUACUUUGACAAUCGCAUCAUUUGCAAUUUGAUCGAAGAAAAGCACAAGGGAAUUAUUGCAUUGAUGGAUGAAGAAUGCCUUCGUCCUGGUGAUCCUACUGAUCUCAGUUUCCUGGCCAAAAUGACCAAUCAAUUGGGUAAUCACCCUCACUACCUCUGCCACAACAAAGCCUCAGUAGCUGUUCAGAAAAUCAUGGGACGCGAUGAAUUUCGUCUCAUUCACUAUGCUGGCGAUGUAACAUACAAUGUCACGGGAUUCCUAGACAAGAACAAUGAUCUACUCUUCAGGGAUCUCAAAGAAGUCAUGGCUGAAACUACCAACAGUGUCACCAGGAAAUGCUUCCCAGAGGCGGAAUUUAAAAACAAAAAACGCCCAGAUACUGCAGUGACACAGUUCAAGAACAGCCUCAACAACCUCAUGGACAUUUUGAUGUGCAAGGAACCCUCAUACAUUCGCUGCAUCAAACCAAAUGACCUACAGACAUCUGAUAAUUUUGACGAUGAACUUGUACGUCAUCAGGUUAAAUAUUUGGGUCUCAUGGAGAAUCUCCGUGUGAGACGUGCUGGAUUUGCCUAUCGUCGUCGGUAUGAGAUGUUUUUGGAGCGCUACAAGUGCCUCAGUAAGGAAACCUGGCCACACUACCGUGGACCAGCUAAGGAUGGAGUUCAUAUCCUAGUGAAUACCCUUGGCUACAAACCCGAUGAAUUCCGCAUGGGAAAGACAAAGAUAUUCAUUCGCUACCCAGCUACACUCUUUGCCACUGAAGAUGCCUUUCAGGCACAAAAGAAUAAUUUGGCAGCCAUUAUUCAAGCCAGAUGGAAGGGUAUUAGGCAGAGAAGGGCUUUCCUCAAACUCAAGGAACAGACAAUUGCACUACAAAAGUACAUUAGACGCUACUUGGCCAUUCAGAAGGCACAGAGACGUCGGGAAGCCGCCCAGAAGAUUAGGGCAUUCAUCAAGGGCUUUAUCACCCGCAAUGAUCCACCGAAUGAAUACAACAAAGCCUUUAUCGCUCACUCCAAGCGACAAUGGCUUCUGCGUCUGUCCAAAAGUUUACCAGAGCAAAUACUUAAUCACACCUGGCCCAAUUAUCCAGCUCACUGUUCUGAGGCUUCGCAUCAUCUGAAAAAGAUGCAUCGUCUCCAUCUGGCUCGCAUUUACAGACUCUCCUUGAGUAAGGAGCGCAAACGUCAGUUAGAACUCAAAGUCCUGGCUGAGAGUGUCUUCAAGGGGCACAAGAAGAAUUACACGAGGAGUGUGAAAAAUUGGUUCCAGGAUGAACGAAUUGGGAAGGAGCACAUGACACAAGUCAAUAAUUUUGUCACGACGAACUUUGGCGCAGAAACCCUUAAAUAUGUCACAACAGUGAUCAAGUACGAUAGACGAGGGUAUAAGCCACGUGAUAGAAUAGUCCUGCUCAGUGAAAAAGCCCUCUAUGUCCUAGAUGGCAAAUCCUACAAGCAGAAACAUCGACUACCCUUAGACAAAAUUGAUUUCUGUGUCUCCAAUGAGGCUGACAAUGUUCUCAUCGUGCGAAUUCCGCUUGAGAUGAAGAAAGACAAGGGAGAUCUCAUUGUAACCGUUCCGGAGAUCAUUGAGUGCUGUAUUUGGAUUUUGGAUGUGACAAAGAGGAGACAGAUCCUCACAAUUGUUGACACAGGAUCAAUCAUGCACAAUCUGAUAAGAGGAAAGACGGGAACAAUUGAAAUUCAGACAGGUCAACAAUCCAGUAUUACCAAAGCAAAGAGUGGAAACCUUCUAGUGAUUGCUGGCCAAUAGACAUUGAUAUUCCUGUUUCGUGAACGUGAUCAAGUGCCAUUAAAUGGUUUAAAAGGGUAUGUGGAGCAGAGCAGGGCAAAUAGACGCCCGCGGGAGCCUAAAUUUAAGCCUCAGAGGAUUUUUUUUGUAGAAAUUGUAAAGAUGUACUUACAUAGUAUCCAAAUUUUAUGGGAAUGUCUUCCUUGAUGAUUUUUUUUUGAAAAUAAACACUAUAUCCUCAUC